ACGUCAUCAUUCAGCGACGCCCAACAGCUGACAUUUCAAUGACAGUUUGCUUGCAUUUUCUUUGCUUUGUUUGAGCAUUCGGAUGGUAGGACUAGAAAACAGGGUAGCAUGCAAAGAACCGUAUACAGAGUUUUUAAUGGCUGGACAAACAGGGGCGUCCCAUUGAUUGCACAAUGCAGCUCAAAAAGCAGAGCGUCCUUGUGGAGCUCGCGUGAUUACAGCGUGGUGCCGACUCCACUUGACAGGGAAGAGAAGGCGAUGCUUGACAGCAUCCUACGUGUGGACCAUGCAGGUGAAUAUGGUGCCAAUCGCAUCUACGCCGGCCAGAUGGCAGUGUUGGGCAGGACUAGUACUGGACCUCUCAUCCAAGAAAUGUGGGAUCAAGAAAAAAAGCACCUUGAGAAAUUUAAUGAAAUACUUGCUGAGAGCAGAGUCCGGCCAACUGCACUGCUACCACUUUGGAACAUUGCUGGCUAUUUAUUAGGGGCAUCCACUGCAAUGUUUGGUAAGGAGGCGGCCAUGGCCUGCACUGUGGCAGUGGAGGAGAGCAUCUCUGAGCACUACAACAGCCAGAUAAGAACUCUGAUGGAGAAGGAUCCUGAGCGAUAUACUGAACUAUUAAAAAUUAUAAAAGAGUUCCGAGAUGAUGAGAUGGAGCAUCACGAUCUAGGACUGGAACAUGAUGCUGAAUCAGUACCGGGAUACUGGCUACUUAAAAAUGUCAUCCAGCUCGGGUGCAAAGGUGCAAUUUAUGCUUCUCAACGUGUGUAACUUUGUAUGGAAAAAAAAAAAAAAGUAAUAAAAUGAUUUAAUACUUGGA